AUGGCUGAUUUGUCUAAAGUUUUGACCAGACAGGUUUUUGCAGAUAUUGUUGUGAAAGCUUUUGAACAUCUGGAUGUUGCUAAAGUCGCAAACUGGGUUGUAGCACAGGAGAAGCACCAUGACAAGGAGAUUGCAGGUGCAUUUGGGACCCAUUAUCACAUGGCUUUAAAGCUUACUUGCCGACCCCAAUGGAGUGGUGUCCGUACAAGAUUGGGAUCUGAAAAUGGAAUAAAAAUUAAUUUCAGUUCUGCCCAUGCAACAUACCAUAGUGCUUAUAGAUACGUCAUUAAACUAUUAAAGUUGAACUAAUGUACAUUAGUAGUCUUAAUAUUAAUAUUUUAGAGUUUUUAUAAAAAUACCGAACAGAACUAAUAAGUAAAAUUUUAAAGUUUAUAGUAUAGUUUGCUAGAGUAUAUUGUAAAAUGAUCGUAAUUCAGCUUUCGGGGGUGCAAUGAUCUAUUUUAAUAAAAUAUCUAUCUAUCUAAAGAAGACCAAAAUGUUCUCCUGUCAGACGGACAUCCUCAGCUUAGUGGCACAACAGCAACAGAGGCAGCAACAAUAGCAAAAAAAGGCAAGAAAAAGCAGGCAAGGCAGGGCAAAGAAAAAAAGGGAACAGUACACGACAUUUGA